GCGUUUACGGUUGUUGGAGUUGAAAAUAUGUUGACGUGUUUCAAAACAUGUAUAAUCUUCGCGACGUUUCAUUAUUCUUCAGCUAACAGUGAUGGACUAUCAUCGUUUCAACUGCUUGCACGGUUGUCAUUCCCGACAGUGGAAACGAAACCUUACAAUAUGCCCAGCAGUAAGGAAAUAGAUCCGAAGCACAGUUAUGCUGACGAGAAGUUUGAGAAGUUAAUGGAUUAUACAAGAUACAUGAACGGCAGAAUUAAGGAACCGCAUAAUCCUACUGAACGUAGUGAAAUUCUAAAAUCGUCCGAGAAGAAAUUAUUUGCAUUUAUAGACACACACAUAAAAGAUUUGAAGCGGCUGUUGUUCGAAACCGACAUGGCGCUCAUGUCCAUGGUGCUGCUGAAGAUGAAUAAAAAGAUGGACACGUCGGAAGCAAAGAUAAAGUCUACUCAGGCAAAAAUACCAUUUGGGUUGUACACUAGUCCAGAAUUCAAAUGUCUUGGCACGUCUUACUACAUCGCUUCCCCGCACAACCAAGAAGACGUCCAGAUGAUACUCUCCAGCGAGAGAAAACCGCACUGUUAUACCUUCAGAGGUGCGUUCGCGUUCUCCGGCUUCUACCAUCGUCACUCCGAGACCACGUACGUCGGUCCGCACGCUGAACAGUUCCAAGCGAAAGAUCCCAGUCAGGGUCUCUAUUGCCAUUCCGAUGAUAACUGGAGCGACGCGCAGUGUAUCUAUAAAAUAAAUCCUCGUGAAGAAUUCCCCGAAUCCGUGGAAUACGAGCCGAAGGUCUCGUACUACUGUGGACCCUACCGCUACUUCAUCCCCGCCACUACGGACAUCAGAUGCAUCUUCUCCAUAUUUUCCAUGAACUUCAUCCUGCGCUUCGGUUACGAUGGCGUCACCUACAAGAGCUCGGAUUUGACAUUCAUGUACCAAAAUGGGCAAGUGUUCUACACGGAUGAACCGUGGGCCGGCAUGUCCUGCUGGAACUGGGCUUGCAAAUGGCGCCACAAUCAGAACCAACGAUCGAAUGAAUUUUUCGUUAAUUAAAUAUUAAAUUGAA